AUGGAUGAAAGCGAGAACCAACAAAAUGAACUCAACGUUACCCCACUGGAAAAUUUUCAACUCCCUCUUUCUCAACAAUUCUUCUUAAGCUAUGGUGACAUAACACUUAGUGAAUCUUCGGCAACACAACUCCAUCUAGAUGAUGAAACUCUCAAUUCUAUCUCACCAAUUAAUCUUCGACCUACAAAAAAUGUACCAAUCACAACAGAAGUUAGUAGUCUUUAUAUGAAUAACUCAUCAGAAGAUAUGUUUGAUCCAAAAGUAAAAAGGAAACUUAGCUUAUUGGAAUUAAAGUUUCAAUACACAAUGUCUUGUCAUGAAAUUCACUGUCUGAAAAAAAUCAAGAAAACGCUGUCUAAAACAACAGACCCAUUUCUUCGUUCCAAUUUAAAUGAGAUUGAUGACUAUAUUCUUUGUCACAUAAGGGAAAAAAAACAUUUAAAGAAAAAAAAAAGAAAAUAUAUCAUUCAAAGAGUUUGCUACUUCUUUCACAUAGAACGAAAUUAA